AUGCCGAGCCUGGCGGAGCUGAGCCUGGAUGAGUUCCUCGCCGCUGGCUCCGAAUCGGAACCUGACGACGGUUCGGAGGAGGAAGAAGAGGUCGCCCGGCCCGCCAAGGGGGCUGCGGGGCAGCGGCGGGAGAGCGGGAAGGCGGGGCAGCCGUUCCAGGCCCCACCGGCUGCGAGGAAGAAGGGAAAGGCAUCUGAACAUAAAGAUCAGCUCUCCCGGCUGAAGGACAAAGAUCCUGAAUUUUAUAAGUUUUUGGAGGAAAAUGAUCGCACACUGCUGAACUUUGAUGCUUCGGACAGUUCUGACGAGGAGGAGGAGAGGUUGCACGUACCACCUGAUACACUGGAGGAAGCAAGUGAUGAGGAUGAAGAAGAAGAACAUGAAACAGUCAAACGGAAGAGAGUUUCUUUCAUCCCUGUGAGCUUGAAAAUGGUUGAAGAAUGGAAAAAAGCUGCAGAGAGGGGGCUAACACCAAAACUUUUCCAUGAAAUCACUCAAGCCUUUAAAGCAUCUGUAGCAACCACCAAAGGAGAUAAUGGUGGGACUGAUCCCAGCAAGUUUCAAGUCACUGAUGCUGCAGUGUUCAAUGCUCUUGUGUCCUUCUGUGUCCGGGACCUCUUCCGCUGUCUGCAGAAGCUGCUGCUUCUGAAACCCCCGAAGAACAAACUAAAAGUGGUCCUCCCUUCCACCAGCCCACUUUGGAGCAAGUUACGACUGGACGUAAAAGUGUACCUCGGCUGUACCAUACAACUCCUGUCUUGUUUAACGGAAGCCUCAGUUGGUGCAGCAGUCCUUCAGCAUGUCAGUUCCAUAGUGCCUUAUUAUUUGUCCUUUCCAAAGCAGUGCCGUGCACUUCUCAAGCAAGCAAUUAAUUUGUGGAGCACAGGUGAGGAAACAGUGAGAGUACUGGCCUUCCUUGUGCUGAACAAGAUCUGCCGCUACAAGAAAGAGGUGUACUUAAGUCCCUUGCUCAAGCAAAUGUACAUCGCAUUUGUGAAGAAUUCCAGAUUCACCUCUCCCAAUGUCCUGCCCAUGAUCAACUUCAUGCAGCGCACACUGACAGAGAUGUAUGCCCUGGACACACAUACGUCUUACCAGCAUGCCUUCAUCUAUAUCCGUCAGCUUGCCAUUCACUUGCGCAGUGCAAUGACGAUAAAGAAGAAGGAGAACUUCCAGUCUGUUUAUAACUGGCAGUAUAUCCACUGCCUGUAUUUCUGGUGUCGAGUUCUCAGCACAAUCUAUCCCAGUGAGGUCAUGGAGCCGUUGAUCUAUCCUUUGACACAGGUCAUCAUUGGCUGUAUAAAGCUGGUCCCAACAGCUCGUUUCUACCCUCUGCGUAUGCACUGCAUCCGUGCACUUACACUGUUGUCUGAGAACACCAGGACCUUCAUCCCAGUGUUACCAUUUAUCCUGGAGGUUUUCCAACAAGUGGAUUUCAACAAGAAGCCAGGACGUAUGAGCGCUAAGCCUAUAAACUUUGCAGUGAUCUUGAAGCUUUCCAAUGCUAACCUGCAGGAGAAGGCCUUCCGAGACGGACUCAUUGAACAGCUUUAUGACCUGAUGCUUGAGUAUCUCCAUUGCCAAGCCUACAGCAUUGGAUUCCCAGAGUUGGUUCUCCCAACUGUCAUUCAGCUAAAAUCUUUCCUGAAGGAAUGCAAGAUUGCCAACUACUGCAAGCCUAUCCGGCAGCUCCUGGAGAAACUGCAGGAAAAUUCUGCCUACAUCGCCAGCAGGCGUCAGAAAGCCACCUUCGGCGUGGCCAGCAGGGAGUCUGUGGAACAAUGGGAGAAGCAGGUCAAAGAGGAAGGGACACCUCUGACCAAGUAUUAUACUCAGUGGAAGAAGCUAAGAGAGAAGGAGAUACAACUGGAAAUCAGCGGCAAAGAAAGACUUGAAGACUUGAACUUCCCAGAAAUUAAGCGUAAGAAGCAAGAUGAAAGAAAGGAGGAAGAUAAGAAGGAAUUCAAGGACCUCUUCGAGCUGGACAGUGACUCUGAUGAGGAGGGUGUUGGAUUUCCUAUAAAAGGUAAAGCCAAAGCCAAGCAGGCAUCAGACGACAGUUCAGAAGCAAGCAGCAAGGACUAUGGCGAGGAUGAUGAUGAAGAAGAAGGAAAGUAUGAAAUUGAGGAGGACGAGGAAGAAUUGGAAGAUGACAGUGACUCAGAUGAGGAAGGCAAGGAACCUGCUCGGGUUUCCCAAAGGUCACAGAAGCAGAGGAGCUGCACUCGUGGGAUGUCACGGUCUGACCUCGAACAGCUAGCUCAAGGAGAAGAGGACAUUGUGGAGGACUUAGCUUUCUCUGACGAUGACUGAGCGCCCUCACAGCCACUCCCUCCAAGCUUAUCCCUUACAGAGCUGCUGUGUACUGGAUCACCCAACCUUCAGCACCUGUAGCUGGUUCUCAAAGAGGUGGUAAGAGCUGGGGAGCAUGGAGGGUGGGAGGCCACCCCAGGUGCCACCAAGGACUUUCUCAGUGACACAGCAGAGAUGCUACUUGGACUUUCAAGCUUUUUCUACCAGUUAUGGUUUUGGUAACGGUAAAAUUGCGGUCAUGUCGAGGCCAGUAAAAAGGCUCAGUAUAGGUAAUAAAAAGCCCUCAUUAAAAUCUGCUGCUUUAAAUAGCAUAGGGUUCAGUUUCAGCUCCUGCUGGAGCAUAAGUCAGCUGACCAAGGGAAGGACAAGUUCUUUUGUCGAAGGGUCCUCCUGUCUGUUCAGCCAACCACCUGCGUCGCCCCAUAUUUUGCUCUGGGGCCCUCAACCAAACCCUCCUUUUUGCCAAGAAGUUCUUAAGGAUUGCGUAGAGUGUUUCAGAGCUUUGUAUUCUCACUGCAGAUGGAAGCCUUUAUCAGCAACAUCAGAAGCAGCUCAGUCAGUUCAAUCAAGCUGGCUGUAAGUAUGCUAAAGAAGUUAACUUCAAGUAAGUGCCUUAGGAUACGGAGUGGGGGGUGGAGAUGGGCGGUUGCGCAGGCAGGAAGGAGUAAGAAGAGGCAAAACUAAUCACAUACAUAGGAAAUAUUUUCAUUUUGUGAUGGCUGUUGGGUUUGCACGGGAUACAUUUGCUUAGCAAAAACAAGGGACAAGUCUGAACCUGUGCUUUGUAACAGACCUAUUGUUAUCCACAGUGACAUAAAAUCACCUCUUUCUAGGGCCAGUCCUAGCUGCUGACGCUGGUGGUGAACACCGUUUUGUUCUGCGAGUCCUGAAAACAGUACUGAUGACUGCAGGCUGUCUUGGGCACUCAGCCUUUCUUUAUUACCUCAAAGCCAACCACUGCAUCACCUGGGCAGCUUCUUGAUGCAGCUCAUUAUAUGUCUUCCUGUAGGAGUGGUACUUGUGGGAGGACAUUGUGUAGCUCAAGCUGGGUAAGGGCAAUUUGUGAUCUGCUGGGAAAAUAUAAACAGCUUAUCUCUUGAGACCACUGUUAGUUUGCAGGACUGGCAGCUAGGAAACAUAUUUCUUUCUUUAGGAUCUUUGGAAAAUAAACUGGAAAUAGAGGGUAUUUGCUGAGAGAGGUAGGAAAAGUUAUGUAUUCUUAGGGCGUAUCUGACAGCAUUGCUCCUGAAAAUUAACUGUGCCUUUUGAGAGCAUUGUUAUUUGUUAAUGCAGAUUUUUGGAAAAGAAGACAGAAGGCCAGGACUAAAUAUGAUCUUUUUAUUCUUCCCUGCCACCAUUCAGUGAGGGCAGUAGCUGUCAGCGCUAGGGGUGGCCAAGCUAAGUGCAGACAUGGUCAUCUUUGCCUUCCGCACUGCCUAUGUGUCCCCUGCCAGGCAUCCUUACUCCUGCACACCACAAGAGGAUAAGAUGCUUUUUUUAAAAAAAAUUCAAAAAGAACAAUUUUUUCCUUUUUCU